CAAGGGACACGCCACAGAAGAAGACUUGAAGCAAUGGAAGCGACUUUACACUGUGAGACAAGUCCUCCCACUUAGGAGAAGAAGCAUCAGAAGGAUGUACAUUUUUCUUCAGGUAUUCUGGAUUUCUGUACUUGGAGCCUCUUCGGUCUCAGGUUACUUCCUGGGGGACACCAAGGCGGUUCUGUACGGCUGCAAGGACCACUGGACCCUGCAGGACAGGACAGCCAUGCCCUUGCUCUACCGCAUGACCGUGUGCGUGGACGUGCGCCUGGUGGACCCCGGUGCCUGGGUGGCCUUCACCUACAGCUCGGCCCAUGUCCCCAGGCCCGGGCUGGGCCUGGAGGGGGACGCGGGGGCGCUGUACGGGUGGCUGCUGGGGGUGAGACAUCGCUUCCCGGUCAGUCUCGCCCUGGGUCGCUGGCACAGGGUGUGCUUGAGGAGGGACGUCCCCGGGAACUCCUUUAGCCUGGAGCUGGAUGGACGUCUGGUGGCGGAGCGCACCGUCAUCGCCCAGGCCAUCCCUCCAUCGGGCUCCCUGUGGCUGGGCUGCCGACGGCAAGCGCCCGGGGAGGCGCUGGGCCGGCUGGAGGUCUACAUGUUCCGCAUGUGGGCCGACCUGGCCCGCCGGGGCGCCUGCGAGGACGGCGCCGUGAUCGGCUGGGACGCCCACUUCUGGGGCGUGACCAGUCCUCGGGCCCGGCAGACGGACGACGGCCUCCCUUGUGCUCAAACGCCUGAACUUGGACACUCCUUUUCCCCUCCACCUUUAUUGACCUCCACAAUGGACACUAGUCAGCCUCCGUCAGUCAUAGUGGCCUCUAGUGGCCAUGUGGAUAAGCCCUUACCUAUGACUCUGCCCACAACAACACUGCUGGCGACAACAACCAGUGCAACAAUCCCAGUUAGCCCAUUAGCCCCGCCCUCUAGCUCUAUCUUGACCAAUCAGAUAUUAAUCAUCACCACGGUCCCUCCUACAAAGUCUCCGGCACUGGCCGACCAAACCACGCCCACCACAGUGCCCCACCCAACAAGUGCAGACAUCCCAACGAGCACGUUAGCCCCGCCUACAAGCCCCAGCCUGGCCAAUCAAGAGUCCAGAAGCUCCAAAGCUCCUCCUACAAGGUCUUUCGCGCCUGCUGACCAAACCUCACUCAUUGCGGCAACAAAUGCGGACGUCCGAACCAGCACUUUAGUCCCGCCUCCUAGCCCCAUCCUGGCCAAUCAGGAGUCCAGCAGCACCCAGGCUCCUCCUACUGCUCAACAAACCACACCAAAACCCCUCCCACUUGUUGCGUUCACAACAAUCAACGAAAAAGUUCCGGCUAGUACGUUAUCCCCGCCUUCUCGCCCCAACUCGACCAAUCAGGUGUCAAGCACCACCCAGGCUCCUCCUUCAACCCUGUCAGGGUCCCGCCCAUGUGAUUGCACCGCUUCUUGCACCACGACAAGUCAGUUCUUUGCUAUGCGCGUUAAUAUCAACAGUGCUGCCGUCAAUGUGGAUGCACUACAACAUUUGUUGUCGAGGCUUCCAUGUAGCCCCAUAUCAGGGUGUAAAGACUACCCAGAUAUACUACAGCACUUCCAGGGUGUUCACCUGGAAUGUGACGGCACCCAUCAGAGGUUGAACAGCUGCAUGGUGAUCGUGGAAGUGUCCGGACCGGUCGAUGGCUGCUCGCUCGGGCCGCUCCUGAAGGAGCUGAUUGGAAGUUACGCAGGCGUCACGGGUCAAACGGCGCUGGCACGCAUGGUGGUGUGUGGUUCUCCCGGUGUGCCUCUUCAUCGCCUGCUGGCCUCCAACCUGAGCUGGUCCGCUCAUACCCUGCUGAUGUCAGACAUCUGUCGCCAUGACACCGAUCUACUCCAAUGUGAGACCAACCAGACUCGCGCGGUGCUCCUGGCUGACAGCUGCUCCCCUUCACUAACGCUUCCUCCCGCGGCGAUCCAUGAAGCCAAGCCCACCGCCGCCACCGAUCUGGACAUCUCAGCCGGCGCCGCCUCCGCUAACAUCACGACGCAUCAAAACCUAACGCCAUCCCUCGCUGUGACCACUCAAACAUCUGCUACAGUCAGCGCACCCUCGGCCAACGUGACUACACUUUCCUCCCAUGAUGCAACAGUUAGCUCAACGGCACCUCUUCCUAACGGAACUACCGCAACAGAGCGCCAUGUGACCAACGCCAUUGGAAAUGAACACACGACACAAUUAAACGCCACUUCCACGACCAAGCGCACUGCGGGACCGCAACACAACUCAACACUUCCUGAUGACAGCCAAACCUUGGCGACCACGUCCAGUAACAACGUGGCUCCUUCAGCCCCCCUCAUCAUGGCCGACAUGACGACUAACCUCAACAACGCCGCCAAUUCAAGUGAUGAACCCGCACUUAUCCUGUUGACGUUUCCCGCCCAAAACGACAACACAGCCAUGACAACAGCUGGCCCCAUAGUGACUUCCUCUGCAUCUCCUGGGACAAAAACCCCCCCGGAGGGGCAAGUGGACAAACUUCUGGAAAGAACUCAGGACAGCUCUCAGCUCAACUCCUCGCAGGUAGCGGACGUGGUCGACCAGCUGGAGAAACUUCUGGAUGCUGCAACAGUCUCCCAGGCGGUGGGGAGGAAAGCCAUCAGCAUCGUGAGCCACCUGAUGGAAGUUGACCCACGAGUCCUGUCAGCGUCUUCCAACAGGAUCAUUCGCCUGGUGGAGGACUUGGGUCUGAAGCUGGUCGUAAGCGGCGUGUCCGUGGUCCUCUCCUCUGGUUCACUUGUUCUGGCGGUGCAGAAAGUGGACGGCAGCAACUUUCCUGAGAUGUUUGUCAACAUCUACAACACUAAGGAUGUUGAGCUCAGCGUUCCCAGCAGGUCUGAAUCCAGGAGGAGGGACUCCAUCAUAGGGUCCGUGUACCUGCCGUCCUCCAUCUCUGGGGCCUUGACUCCUGCAGAGAAGAUGCAGGUCCAGAGGGUCCAGUUCACCUUCUACACCAAACCCAUCUUGUUCCAGGACGACACGUUGAACAACCAGACUGUGGUCAGCCCGGUUCUGGCGUCCAGUGUCGGCAAUUUGUCCGUAAGCAACCUGACUGAGAACGUGAGCUUCACCAUUCAGAACCUUCAUCCUGUCCACGCCAACUAUGAGGUUACUUGUGCGUUUUGGGACUUCACCGGGAACGGCGGUACAGGAGGUUGGAGCUCAGCAGGCUGCUUUGUGGUGAACUCCACUUCCUGGGGGACAACCUGCACAUGCAACCAUCUCACCUCCUUUGCCGUGCUGCUGGAUCUCUCCAGAGAGGGUGUAAGUGACCCCCAGCAGGCACAAAUUCUCACCUUCAUCACGUAUAUUGGCUGCGGACUUUCAGCUGUUUUUCUCGCCGCCACCUUGUUGACCUACCUUUCGUUUGAGAAAUUGUUGCGAGACAUUCCAUCCAAGAUUCUGGUCCAGCUCUGCUUCUCCCUCCUCUUCCUCAACCUGGUCUACCUGCUGGACGGCUGGCUGGCGCUCUACCCGGCCGGCGGCCUUUGCAUCAGCACCGCCUUCUUCCUGCACUACUUCCUGCUCACCUCCUUCACCUGGGCGGGGCUGGAGGCGCUGCACAUGUACCUGAGCAUCGUGCAGGUGUUCACGCCAUACCUCAGCCGAUACAUGCUCAAGUUCUCGCUCGUAGGAUGGGGUGCUCCGGUUGUCGUGGUGACGGUGGUGAUCUCAGUGGAUAAAGACAACUAUGGUCUGGUGACGUAUGGAAGGUACACAGAUGGCACCUCAGAUGACUUCUGUUGGCUGCGCAGCGACACGGCCUUCUACGUGGGCGUGGUGACCUACUUCCUGCUCAUCUUCACGUCGUGCCUGCUGGUCUUCGCCGUGGUCAUGGUCCAGCUGUCCCGCAUCAAGAGACAGAACCCGCACAACCAGUCCCCUCACAGAGGCCUGGUCACCGACCUGCGCAGCGUCGUCGGCCUGGUGGUUCUGCUGGGCCUGGCUUGGGGGUUCGCGCUGUUGGCCUGGGGGCCGCUUCACCUGCCCUUUGUUUACCUCUUCACCAUCUUCAACUCCCUGCAAGGCUUCUUGGUCUUCGUGUUCCAUUGCGCCUGCAAGGAGAACGUGCGCCGGCAGUGGAGAACCUACCUGUGCUGUGGCCACCUGCGAUUGGCCAAAAAUUCAGAAUGGAGUCGGACGGCCACGCGGAACAGGAACUUUUCGGCGACGACCUCAUCUGCGUUGGCUCCUCGCCAGCUGUCCUCACGAAGCUCGUCUGUCGCCAGCAACAUCACCAGCAGCAGUUCUGUGUUUGUGGACAGCGGACUGUCCGAUGGUUCCAGCAGUGACGUCAUCCUCAAUGAGCUUCACAGACAGACGGCGUCGCUUUAAGGCCACGCCCACCUUUCAUUACUGUUAUUGCUGCUUUGCUACUAACGAUGUUGUGUUCAUUUGGAUCUCAGUAUUUUUACAGGUGACCUUUUCUAUUUGAAAACCACGUGGUUAGUUUUACUCGGUUUAUAAAGAACUGUUUUUUCCGCAACACGAGUGUACAACGUAUCUAAAAAAUGUUUUGAAUAAAUGUUUUUAUUUAGUGUCUGUCAUGUUUUAGAAUUGGUUGAU